CCAGUCCACAUAUCGUGUUCCUGUCUCAAAGUGUGCUAACUGGUGAGAGGAACCUCUGUGGGGCAAGGUUAUGCCAUGAAAUUGCCCAUUCCUGGUUCGGGCUGGCCAUUGGAGCACGGGAUUGGACAGAAGAAUGGAUCAGCGAGGGCUUCGCUACUUACUUAGAGGAUGUUUUCUGGAGCCACGUUCAGAAGUUGGGCUGUAGAGAGGCUGAGGAGCAGAGACAGUUAAAGGCUUUGCUGCGCUGGAGGAGAUUGAGUGAUGAGUUGCAGAACUCUGAAGAAGAGCUGCAGGUCCUCAGGCCCAAUAAAGAGAACACAGGGGAAGUGAGCGAGUCCGGUGCGUCAGUUGUGAAGCAUGCCCUCAACCCAGAAAAACCCUUCAUGCAGGUGCACUAUUUGAAGGGCUACUUCCUCUUGAAGUUUCUGGCUGAUCAGAUCGGCGAGGAGAAGUUCCUGCAAUUCUUCAAAGUGUUUGUUGGAAAAUUCCACGGGCAGCUAAUUCUGUCUCAGGAUUUUCUGCAGAUGCUUCUGGACGCAUUUCCAGCAAUGAGCAGCCAGGGCAUCGCACUUGAAACCAUCUUUUCAGACUGGUUAGAUACACCUGAAAUGCCAGAGUGGCUGAGAGACGAAUGCUCAGAAUGGUUGCGGACUCCAGCGGUGCAAGAAGUCAAAGGAGAGGUUGCAAAAUGGAUUCACUUCAGUGGCUCUGGUGGAAAGGGCAGCAAGCGGAAAAGAGCAGGGCCCAAGGUUAACUUCAAAGAGCUGAAUCCAGAGCAGCUGGUGCUUCUGCUGGAGUUUCUUCUAGAGGAAUGCAAUCUGAGUGCGUCCACGCUGAGACUCCUUCAGUCCACUUAUAACCUACAGGCUCAGGAUGCUGAGGUGAAACAUCGCUGGUGUGAACUUGCGGUCAAGCAUAAACACACCGCCGCAUACCGAGACGUUGAGCUCUUUCUGAUCCAUGACCAGGCUAUGGGUGUGUAUUUGUACGGAGAGCUAAUGGUCCAGGAAGACGCUCGGCAGCAAGCAUUAGCACGCCGCUGUUUAUCCAUCAUUAAAGAUGACAUGGACCAAUCAGCACGCACCGUUGUGGAAGAAAUGAUCCUCUGA